CCACACACUGCAACGACAUAUUUCCACACUUUCAUACACCGCAGCAACAGGGGUCUCCGCUACAAUGCGCUUCGCUCACGUCGCCACGGCCAUCGUCUCUCUCGCCGGCCUGCCGCUCGCUCUCGCUCAGAAGCCCGGCCCAGCGACCGACGCCUGCGGACCGAACUUUUGCAAAUGUUGCUUCUACUCCUCGCCGUCAGAGAGUUACUACGGAUUCUACCACACGAGUGGCUCGACCUGUUAUUGCAAGAAGGCGACCAAUGGCUAUGACACGACUUGCAAGGGCAAGUGUCCCUAGGUAGUUUGCGACUUCAGCAAAACGCCGAACUACCGCGUGUUGGCAAAUUCAUCACCCCGGUGGAUCGUCUUGUCCUUCUUGGAUGGAGUUGAUGGUCAGCGAUUUGUUUUGAAGGAGGGAUGUGGAGGGACCUGUCCCUGAGUGGUUCCAUGGUCAUCGUUUGGGUGAGCGAAUAGUAUACACAAUUGGUACAAGGCAUCUCUGCUUCUCG